AUGAACCCGUCCAAGAGAGAUGGUAGCAUCAUGAAUUGUUUCAUAGAUGUUGAAUCGCUCAUGAGCUGUAAUAAAUAAAUUCUUUAGGAUUAUUUAUAAUAGCUUGCCGUCUUUUAAUUUAUAUAAGAAUAAUCCUCAUUAUAACUACCUUAAUUAAAUCCAAUAUCUCCUAAGGAAUUUUAAUUUAUGAAAUAAUGUAUUUCGUAAAAUAAAGGAUUAAAAUUUGAUCUAAUAUCCGAUAAAUGGAUUAAAAAAAAUGGAACAUCCGAAAUGCUCUCCAAUUUAUGGUCUUAACAAAAUGCAGAUUUAGUAUUAAACUUUGGUGAAAAUCGCGUUAUUCCAUUUAAUAAAGCAUACUCAAACAUUUAAAUUUUAAUAAAAUUUUAAGGUAGUAUUUUGAAAACUAAGCAUACUUACCUUGAUUCAAUAUGUUUUAGUAGAAAUAUAAAAUUAAUAAUUGAUCAAUUUAUUGUAAUAUAACAUUGA